GACUUCCGCCCGCUCCGUGUUCUCGGCAAGGGCGGCCACGGCACGGUGUAUCUCGUCGAGGACGUCGUGUCUGGGCAGCACCUCGCGAUGAAGGUCGUCGAGAAAAACGGGCUGCGGAUGCGCGAGUACCCUGCCGUGUUCGAGGAGCAAUCUGUCGCGCGUGCGUUGGCUGCAGCGGGUGGAAAAUCAUGGUUGGCGUCGCUUCAGGGCAGUUUCGAGGAUAGCGACAACUUCUAUUUCCUGACGGAUUACUACCCGAGCGGCGACUUGCGGAAGCUCAUGAACAGGGAGGGCAGGAUAUCGGAAAGCCAGGCGCGUCAAUGGUGCGCUGAACUUCUCGUCGCACUUGAGCACCUCCAUAGACGGCGGAUCGUCCACCGCGACAUCAAGCCCGACAACAUCCUCCUCGACGACGACGGCCACAUCGUCCUCGCUGACUUCGGCAUCGCACGCGCGUUCACCCGCGAGGACAGCGACCGGGCGUGGAAGCACGUGACACAUUCGAUGGUGGGCACCCCGGGAUACACUGCGCCGGAGGUGUACUCGGGGAAGUAUUCGUAUGCGGUUGACGUCUGGGGAGCUGGUGUGGCACUGUAUUGCAUGUUGGUAGGGAAGUUGCCGUUCGGACUUGAUCCAAAACAGCAGCGGCUCGAAGAGCUCAUCGCGCGGACGGACAGCGUGCCUGCAGAUUUUGACCUCUACGGUGUGGUGGACGCUGACGUGCGAGAUUUGUUGACCAAGAUGCUGGAGAAGGAUCCGAGGAAGAGGCCGUCGAUCCGGAAGUUGAAGAAGCAUCGGUGGUUCAGG